CGCUGAAGGAUUGAAGGAUGGACACAACCGACGCGCCGCAAGUGAUCGAGCACAUUACCAAGAGCGUCAACUACACACCGUACGACGCGCGUUGGAUCCCAUGCUCUGCGCGAUUCGUGUCCAUGGGCAUUCAUCCCCGCGCCACCGGAGCGAUCAAUGUGUUUGCGUUGCAACAGGGUGAACUUAAGGUCGUCCACGAACUGGAAAAACAACAUGGUGUCAAGUGCGGCACGUUUGGUGCAUCGUCAUUGGAUGCUCGAAAUUUAGCCGUGGGAGACUACGCGGGUGUGAUGAGCAUCUACGACUUUGAAAAGCCUGAAGUCCCCGUGUAUUCGGCACAAGCUCACAAGUCCAUCAUCAACUGCAUUGACGGAUGCGGCGGCCUAAAUAUUGGGUAUGGUGCCCCAGAACUUGCUACGGGUGGUCGCGACGGGUGUGUACGUGUAUGGGACACCCGCGUGGCGAAUCCUGUCGUGUCGUUGGAACCCGACCAAGGCGAGGCUGUGCGAGACUGUUGGACUGUUGCAUUUGGGAACUCCUUCAACGACGACGAGCGUUGCAUUGCUGCUGGGUACGACAACGGCGACGUCAAGCUGUUCGACUUGCGCACAAAUUCCAUGCGAUGGGAAACGAACGUGCAAAAUGGCGUUGUCGGGGUUCAAUUUGACCGCAAGGACAUCGAAAUGAACAAGCUUUUGGUCACGACCCUCGAGUCCAAGUUCCGCAUGUACGACAUGCGCACUUUCCAUCCUUCCAAGGGAUACGCGUUCAUGAGUGAAAAGGCACAUAAGUCAACCGUGUGGCAAGGUCGGUUCAUGCCACAAAACCGGGACCUCUUCAUGACCGGUGGUGGCAAUGGCGGCUUCAACCUCUACAAAUACCACUACCCGUCGUCACGAGUCACGCAAGAUGCCGACGGCAUCCAAAUGGGUGUUGGUGGCACCGUCGAACUCCUCAACUCCCGUGUGCUGUCCACGCAGCCCAUCGUAAGCAUGGACUGGAGUCCCGACCGCGAAGGGCUCUGCGUCAUGUCGUGCCUUGACCAGACCGUCCGUGUGUACAUAGUAUCCAAGACUCACAAGUAUUAAUACCCUCUUUGAAUGCAUACAUCCUGUUUUAUCAUCAUAUACAAUAAAGUACGGGACAUCGAAG